AUGGUCCACCUUCUCAACUCCUAUGUCGACAAGCGCGUCGUGAUAAUGACGACGGACGGCCGCAUGUUGAUAGGAACACUAAUCAACUCGGAUAACCAAGCCAACAUUAUCCUCUACAACGUUACAGAGCGCCACAUUGCACCGGCCGACGGCGAUGAAGACUCUGUCGACCGGCCGUCGGUAGGCACCGAGAUCAUCCGCGGCUCGACUAUAUUGGUGGUCGGCUUGGUGGACGAGGAGCUCGAAGGCUCCAUCGACUGGACAAAGGUCAGGGGAGAGCCCAUUGGGGAUACAUAUAAUGCGUGA